AUGGUGCAGUAAUGUGAUCCAUGUCACUGUUAUGCUCUUUGUGUUCAUAUUACUGAUGCACUAAUGUGUAUGUUGCACUUCACUGCUGCAUAUGUUUAAGUCUGAGCUCAUCUGAACUACUUUAUCCACUGUUGGUACUUUAAUCUACAAUAAUGCGUCAUAUUCUAUAAGAUCAUAUGGUUGCGGCAUUGCUUUCCAGUGACAACUACUUAUCUCUGUAUCAUAAACUUUUCAUGAGAUCAGGCCUGUUUUCAGCUUUUAUUUUAUGACAAUGCAUUUUCCAGCAAAUCCAUCAGGACGUUUCUAGAAUUCAUUUUACUACAGAAGGAGAAUUUUUGACAUUUUAAUCCUUUAUGGCAAAUGAGCACAGCUGUGUAAAAUGGAGGAAUUGUAGCCUUGGUUUUGAGUUCAUCGCACUUUGUCUCUUAGAUGACCUGAUUUUAGAGCCUUGAAGUGCUCAAACCAAACAAUAACACAUAAUAGACGCCUCUAAAAGUACUCUGUAGACAAGAUUUUUCCGUGUUUUCUCAACAUUGAACAUUGUAAAAGACCGAUCUCCUUUUUUGUCAAGAUUUUCUGAUAAAAUGGGUACAAUUAUGAAGUGAAUGCUGACCUGUAUUUUAUGCCUCCACAGAUGGCGUGUACUUAGAAGCCUUUUAGACACAGACAUGGGGGGGGAACAGUGGUUACAUCUCUCAUCCUGCGUGAAAGCCAUGUUUACCUAGAUUUUGGGAGGUCUGCAUGUUACUCCCGAAAGGUCACAUGGUCCCUAAUGUGCUGUUUCGUAACAACCGAGCCAGUGACACCCAUUAGAGCCUUGUUGUAUAAUUUCUGUGUCAUUUUUUUCUUUCUUUUAUAAAAUAGGGUUUUUAGGGCAUUUGGAUGUGCUGAGUGCAGAACUGGUCCAUACAGCUUCAAGACUCAAACUAAUCUCAUUCUGCAAAUUGUAUCGAUCAUCUCUCACAUCAGAUCACACCACUGAUGGCCCACUCAUCCCCUAAUCCAUUUCAACAUCUGCAUUUCUGACAACUUUUAUAUUUAACUUCAUGCUUUGUGUGUGCAUGUGUGUAUUGCUCGGGGUGUAAUCUGUGUGUUUCUAAGUUACUGCUCCGCCUCAGUCGUUGGGGCUGAGAGCUUCGCAUUACUUCUGUAAUCCCGCCAACCGCCCAUCUCCAUCCAUCCAUCCAUCCAUUCAUCCAUCCCUCGCUCCAUCUCUCCAUCCAGGGGAUUUGACUGCCAUUAAGAGAUGGCUUUUCUGGGUGUGUGUUUAUGUUGAACACACAGAAACACGGCAAAAUCAGCAACGGCGGAGAGGGAUUGAACGCACAAACACGGCCUCGUACGGGUCUUCUGGAGGAGUCAGUUAUGUCGCUGGAGGUGCUCUGUGUGGACUGAUAUGGGAUGAGCAGGAUGGACCCAUGCAAUAUGUCGAAAGUGGCUUUCAACACACAUGGAUGCAACUGUCUGGAAAGAUCUGCAGCCCGUUAAUCCUGGCAUGUCCCACAUGAGAGACAACAGUAAUGACCGCCAUCACUUUCACUGUCUCUGUCCUGUGUCUGCUGCCCCAGGCGGUGCUGUCCCGCUGGGCCUGUGUCCGGGCCUGUCCCGCCUCCUGCUCCUGCACCCAGGAGAGGAGCUGCAGCGUGCUGUGCGACCGCUCCAGCAUGGCUGAGCUGCCCAAAGAGUUCCCCUGCGAGGCCUCCGCCAUCAACCUGGACAAGAACAGACUCAAGUUCCUGUCAGAACGGGCCUUCGGGACCCUGCCGUCCCUCAAGUCUCUGUCCCUGGACCACAACAACAUCUCCUUCAUCACCCCCGGAGCGUUCAAGGGCCUCUCAAACCUAGUGGAGCUGAAAAUGGCCCAUAACGAGUACAUCAGCUACCUUCACACGCGGACCUUCACGGGCCUGAAAAAGCUGGUUCGCCUCGAUUUAUCGGACUGUAACCUGUUCAGCAUCCCUGACCGUAUCUUCAUCGAGCAGAUUGCACUCAAGGAGCUGCUCUGCUUCCAAAACAACUUCCGAAGGAUCCCUGGAGCCAUCAGAGGCAUGGAGAACCUGACGCACAUCUACCUGGAGAGGAACAAGAUCGAGGCGGUGGCUUACAACUCCCUACUGGGUCUGGGCAGCCUCAAGUACCUGAACCUGCAAGAGAACCGCAUCAACGUGAUCCAUGACCAGGCCUUCCAGGACCUCGUGCGGCUGGAGAACUUCUACCUCAAUGACAACCUCCUGUCCGAGCUGCCGAGACUGGCUUUCAAAGGCCUGACCCGCCUCAAGAUGCUGAACCUGGGAGGAAAUCAGCUGACCAACGUAUCCAGGACCUGGUUCAGCGACCUGGUUGAGCUGGAGAUCCUGUACCUGGACCGGAACCAGCUGGUGAAUAUUGAGGAGGGUGCGUUUGAGAACCUGACCAGCCUGAUCACGCUUCAUCUGAACAGUAACAACCUCACCACGCUUCCGUUCCCGGUUUUCCAGCCCAUUUACUUCCUGGGCCGCCUGUUCCUCUUCAAGAACCCCUGGGAGUGUGACUGCGGUCUGGAGUGGCUGAAGGACUGGAUGGAGAGCUACAAGCUGGUGCGGGACGUCCCCUGUGCCUCGCCUUCUUCCGUGGCGGGGCUGGAUCUGAGCGAGGUGGUCUUCGCCAAGGUCAAUGGCACAUGCAUAGACCCCGCGGAGCUGAACCUGACCACCGCUUCCUCGGAUAUCGCCUCCACCACGGAGAACCGCUUCAACAGCCUCAUUUCUAAACUGCUCCAACAAGAGCUUCGAGAGGAGAUAGGGAACGGGACCGAGAGCCUCCGCAACGGGACCCUGCUGGACUCUGAGGAAGUAGAGCUGUCAGGGGUCAGAGGUCAAAGAGCUCUGGCAGACCAGUCGUUCUUCUGCUUCCUCGUGCUGUGGCUCAUUAUUGGUUUAGUUCUCCUGUCAGAUAUGAAUGUCUACGACGUGUCUUGCACAUGAAACUGCGGAACCAGCGAGUAGGUUUUUAAAAUGCCGAUGAGAUGUUUUUUUUUUUUCCAGAGGAGCGCCAAGGAUGACCUAUGUGGUUUCUGGUGUGAGUCUGCUCUGCCAAAUACAGGAUUUGGGAUAUUUUUCUAUUGAAAUACCAGUACGUCAAACUGAUUGUUUCAGUAAUCUGUAAAGAACAGCAACAGUGACAAUGACAUGGCCGUUUUUAUUUUCACUUGAGCUGCUUCUGUGACGUAAACUCAAUCUGUGUAUUCAUCAGUGUCAAGGACUAACUAGUCACAUGGAAGAGCACCGCUUUAUUAAACAAGAAACUGACUGAUUCAGAAACAUUUUUAUUAAAACUGUUAGUGAUUCAGUGAUUGAUGAUAAUCCAGUGAUGAUGUUUUCUGACAUACAAGGCUUAUAUUUACAACUGAACAGAGAACAUUUUGGAUAAAAAUGUCUUUCACAGAUGGAAAUUCUAUAUUUUUUUCAUUCAAAUCAACAUCGAAGAUUACUGUAUUAAAUUUACAUUUUUAGGACUUUUCAUAUUUAUUAACCAAUUUAAAAAAUCUCAGAAAACUAAUCAAAAAGCCAAAUAAUAUAAUACUUAUACAGUAUAUUGCAUCUUUUAACAUGUUAAUUAGUAUCUGUAACCUGAUAUAUUGCAAAAUCAACUUUAAGAAUCACAAAGACAUACACUAUAUGGACAAAAGUAUUGGGACAUAUUGAAUACAGGAGGCUGAACAAAUGUCAUGAUAUAAAUUCAUACUGUAAUAAAUAUUGUUGCAAUACAUGUUUUUAGGGUUAACUAUGUUUACAUGGUAGUCUGCACAAAAUGCAUCAGAGUUUGGUUUUAAUUAAUUUUAAUGUUGAAAUAUUGUAUCAUUAUAAAAGUCUGUAAUGUCUAACCUCGAGGCUUCUGUCACAUUCUGUCUGUAAAUAAUCAUUUGAAAGCACAUGUCACCGUCUGGUUUCCUCAGUUCUCACUCAACAAGAAAAAUCAUCUUUUAAACUAUUAUACUUGAAAUACUGAUUUGAUAUUUAUUGUAAUAAUUAUAUAUUUUAUCAUGAUAAUAUUCCCAUUCAGUGGGAAUAGGGCAUCCUGCUAACUGUAGAUUUAAUGUGUCCUGGUAUUUUUGUCCAUUUGCUGUAUCUCUUCUCCUGGUUCAUGAAGCUAUAUAUCAUUUGCAAAUUUCAUUUCUACAGUUUAUGAGGCUGGUGUCGAUUUUAAAGCUGUGGAUUAGCGUGGCAAUGUGAUGAAAAUGUAUAUGUAAAGUUCUACCUUUUGUUGCAUAAUGCUCAAUUUUAAUUAAUAUUAUGUAAUACUCAUAGCAUUACAUAGUCUGUUGCCAGUGUUGUGAAUUGUCAUUCACAUCUAUGUGUAAAGUUAAAGGGGAUAAGAGCAGUUGCUCCUGUAGUUAUCUCCUAAGCAGAUGUCCUCGCUGCUCAUUUUUAUUCAACAACUCUAAAUGUAGGUUCUGCAGCUUUUCCAUAAAUGCAUUAAUCUUCUUAUUGCAUGCAGCUCAGUGCCGCCCUUGUGGGUGUGUGGGACGAUGUAAUGGAGGGAUUGUCACUGCCUCGGCCUCCUAUGGAUGGAGUGUUUUCUGUUCUGGACAUGAUCUCUGUCCGUACAGGCGGCUGCUGUAGGUGUGACCGCCAUAUGUCCAGUCGUGGAUUGAGGAGGCAAUAGUGGGGAUAAAAAAAAGCUUUCAGGUACAAAUGCUUACACAUCUGAGCUGUUUUUAAUUUACAGUAUAUUCCAUGUACUGGUUCAUAUAUAUAUAUAUAUAGAUAUACAAUGGCGUCUUUUGUGUCAAAUAAUUUCCCUGUUCCAACACAACCACUGCUUUUUACUCUGAAUGUACGUAGUUUGAUGAACAGCCAGUGAUCCAGUUCAGUGGAGUGUUAUUAGACAUGAAGCUCUGUCACAUUAUAUUUUUUCUAAAUAAAAAUGUAUGAACUUUGUCAUUUUAAACUUA